AUGGCGACCGCAGCCCCAGGACGACGUGGCAACGACAGCAGCACUGUCAAAGCUUUUGUCGGGCAGAUCCACACUGCACUGCAAGUCCCGACCCGUUCGGUCGUCCGGAUCAAUGGCAUCGAGUGCUCCCGUCUUUGGCUCCAGGGCGUCGUGGUCUCAACCACCGAAGGAUGUGCGCAGUGCACAGUGGACGACGGCACUGGCGUCUUGCGACUUGAGCUCAAGAGUUACCUGAAACGUGUGCCUUCGGGUAUCGAUGCCCGACCUCGCGUAGGGGACUACGUCAUGGCGAUCGGGCCGAUGCAGAAGACCAAAGGCAGUACGGACUUGUCGAUGCGUGCAAUGCUGGCGCACCAGGUGAUCAAGUUGGAUGCCAAGCAGCAACGCGAGCCCAUGUGGUACCUGGAAGUGAUUGAGUACUGGACGUCCGUCGUCCAAAGCGCUGCAACGACAUCGACAGCCGAGGAACAGCUCUAG